UUACGUGAUUAAUGCAGUAAAUUGAAACAUGCAAGCCAGAAAGACGAUGUUUUCUGUUCACAGUCUCCAAUAACAUUAAAAACAUCUAAUGAAUUAUUUUCAAAAGGAUUUUUCCGAAAAUAGUGAUUCAUAAAUGAAAUAUUGUUAUUAUCGUCAAGUGAUUUGUUGGUUUUUAUAAAGUUUAUUGUGUCGGGGGGUUGAAACGUGGAAUUUUCUUAAUAUUAUAUUUAAUAAUAUGGAUCAUUUAUUUCGGUAAGUUUCGUUUGUCUAUAUCACUUCCAUUAUUCUUUAACUGACGGUAAUUUUUGUUAUUGACGUCGGAAAAACUAACUAAUAAUCAUAAUAAUUGUUAUUGAAGCCAAAAAGUAGUGAAAAAGAAGCGUUUUCAUACCAAAAAGUGUCCGACAAAACAGAAAAUCUAAAUCGAUUUCAUAUUUUGUUUGUCCAAUAUUUUUCGCUUAUACUUCGUUCCGUUACGGUUAAUUCCCAAAUAAAUUUUCGAUUUAUUUUCAUCGAACUGUAAUUAUAAUACAACGUGUCCCUGUUUUCUAAAAUUAACUCUCCCAAAAUGUAAAAAAUUUUAAUUUUCCACGCAAAAAUUCUGUUCGCUUUUGAAAUUCUCACCAAUCUAAAAUUGCACCUCUCGAAUUAGUACCUGUAUCAGGUAUUUUUCGUAUCUUUCUUCUUAUUAUUGUUGUACGAAAUUCCUCGAUCCAAUACCAAGCAGUUCCUCUUCUUUUUUGCAGUAUUUGGAUCUUUUUUUCCAAAAUUUUCCCUUGUAGGCUCUAAUGGUACAAUACCACGGAUGUUCUAAAAGUUCUACUAAAAUGUAGGACUUAAAUAGUUCUAAAAACUGUUUUGGCCGAAAUUUGCACAAUUUGUAGUGUCUUCCAUGACACACCUCAUCAAAUUCCUGCGCUACGUCUAGGAAGACAUUCGAAAAGACUUUUUUUAUGGAUACAACUUUGUUUUUCCAUGUUCCUUUUGAUCUUUGAAGAUUAUCUUCAUUUUCCUUAUGGCGUCAUAAGUGCAGCAAUUCGUUGCCUAAUCAAAUCCAACCUAAAAUCGAGGAAUAUACUGGAGCUUCGAGUUCAAGAGUUACGAAAAUAUCUACAGCGCACCAAAAAUGUACCUCAGAACUUGCAGCUCCCAAGGAACUUGACGCGUUGUAUCCAAAAACAAAGAACGUUGAAUUAAGUUAAUUAAGUUAGCUUAGGUUAGGUGAUGAGUGAGACUGGUCUGGGUCUUCGAUCCUCGUUCUUCUGAUCCUGUAACCGUAUCUCCACGUAAAAAAACGCUCUAUUCUUAAUAUAUUUCUUGUAACGUCACCAUAAAACGCGAUUUUCCACUUUUCAUUCACUACGAAAAUGAGCUUGCAAAUAAGUCGUCCCGGAACUCUUACUUUACAGGUGUGCCUAACCGCAGCUUUUUUUCGCUUUCAUCCAUUGUCAUGUUGAAUAACGAAGCACAGGAAAACUAGUUUGUUAUAAUCUUCGUAUUUCCGAAGGAAUUGUCGUAGAAUAAAUACUAAUUCGAAUAGUUGCUGUACGUCUCUUAGUAUUGUCGUCUCGAGACGGAUGUUGGCGAUCAACAUGACAGGUUUUUAUACCAGGAUGUUCGUCUUCUUCUUGCACAUCUUCUUCUAAAUAUUUUGUUUUUGCAAGAUGACUUGGAGCGAUGCAUAUUCGGAUACUUUUUUCAUUCUUCCGAGGACGGUCCUGGGAAUAAUUUUUGCUCAUAUCUUCGUUCAAAGUCCAGGGCAUAAUUUCAUAAAACAGAACAGAGAAAACUUAGUAUUUUGAGCAUUUUGGCUUCCUGUGUGAUCCUAUUUUUACUUAUAAUUGUGAAUUUUGUCUUUUUGACACAAUGUACUGCUAAAUUUUUUGUAAAUCUUCUAAAUUGUCACCAAAUACAAUAGUUUAUGUGUUCUUUAGCGUUAAUUCCUUUCUGUUUGAGUAUCUCUAUAUUUUUUUUAUGUUUCAUUCGAUCGAAUGCCUUUUCUUGGUCCAUUAAUUAUGAAUUUACGUAUCAGGACUUGUACUGACAACAAUGCUUGUUGAUGUUGAUCGUACUUUUCGUUGUUUUUAGCGUCCGGUUUCCUAGAAAGUGCAAUCAACUCGUAUUUCAACCAUUUUGAUGGUAUUCAUUGUUUUUGUACCGCCCCUGUAUACGGAAACAUUAAUUUUUGUUAUAUAAUGAAUCCGCGAGCGCGAAUAUUUACUAUCGUCGUAAAUUAACCUACUUUACAAUUUAUUAUUGUUGUAUUAUUUUGGAAAAGUUAUUUUUGGGACGCCGGCGACGCCACUGGCGUCCGAAAAAGUAUAAACCGUCAAAGAGCUACUUGAGCAAUAUAAGAACAGGUUUAUUAAUAACUGAGAAAAGCCCGUGCAGUUCCAUUUAAGGUACUAGCUCGGGUUACACCACGGCCAUUUUUAGAAUAUACUGAAAAACCGCGAGAGGGGAGCAGGAAAGGCGUCCCGACGCCGAAAAUAAACCGGCGGACGCCUUACACGGGAAACAGUAAGCUCACCGUGCAAAUCUUUUUCGAAGAUGGUUUUUAUCCCGUAAAUUCUGAUAUACAGAAUUUUUUCUAGCGGUUGAGAAUAUAAUCUAGUGACGAAUUUUGUCGAAAUUCAAAAUUUCCACGUGGAAUUGAUGAAAAUGUGAUUUUAGUGUUGUUCGAAAUUAUCACAAAAUGUUGGAUGACAUAAGUGAAACAAAGGCAACAAUGCAAGCAGAUGAAGUGGAAGAGUUGAUGUGCAUGAAAGCCGAAAUGACUUACAAAAACGAAAAUGAUCUGAGCCAUUCCAAAAUCAAAGAUGAACCCCAAACCGACGAAAUUGGGUUAGAAUUUGACGCUACCAAAUAUAAAGGUAUCAAUUUGGAGGACGAUAUUGAAAAAGUUGAAGUAACUAGUCACGAAUCGUCGGAAGAACUCGACGAAUUCGAUCCAUCUCCUUCAAAAGAUAACAUAUUUAGUAGGAUACCCGUUCAAAAUCCAAACGAAUCUAUCAAGAGUUGGUUACAAAGGAUAACUGACGUUCAAAAUGAAAUGCAAAAGAAAUAUCUCACCGGUAUCGAACGUAACAAUCAAUCACCGUUAAAUUCCGUAGUUAAUACGAAUCAACCUUCGGUAGCUCAAAAUUCCAGAGUCGUGAAAUAUCAAGAUCUACCUUAUAUGGGAGAGAUGACUUUGGACAAUUCCAAACCGAGGAGGGGUCGUAAACCGAAGAAAGCCGAUAUAUGUCAUCUGAUUUACAAAAAUUACGGCACCAUCUUCCCCGGUACGCCCAAUCCGGGUAAUUACACAGACAACGGUGUUGUAAAAAAACAAAAUUCGAUAGAAAUGAAAGACGAUAAUCUAAAUAGAAGCGACGUUCAGAAUAGGAUCAUAUCUAGUUUACUCGAAAAAAGACUGACCCAAGAAUACAAUAGGAAUAAGAGGAGUUCGAAGGAGGAAAAAUCUAAUCAAGACGAACCGCUUAAUCUUUGUAUCAGGGACCUGAACCAUUUGAAAAUAAGACUGUUGAAAAAAAACGACAAUACGUAUACAUCCGAAAUAAAAUCAGAACCGCAUUCGGACGAAGACGUAGAGUUAAUUCAAGAAUCGCCCAGUCCCGACAAUCCCUCCAAAACCGAAUCGAUGUUUCCGACGAUACCACCGGAAAUCGUUCCUCCUCUCGAUCCUCUAAAGACGGCUGAAGGUACGACGGGACCUGGAGGAUACGUCUAUUGGUCUAACGCCGGAGUUUUUAUUCAUCCAGUAGCUCUUCAACAACAAUUGAUGAUGUACCAAAGAAUGACCUCUGGAAAUAAUUAUAUUCUUCCUAAUAACCACAGUCCGAAACCACCCCCCGAAAACAAAACGACGUCCAUUAAAGAUCAUAGCGAAUUGAGGAAAUUGGUACCUAAAACACUCAAACCGAAACCUGGUUCUCCGAAAGAUAAUCGCGAUGAAACAGUCAGUCCGUCAUCGCAUACGCAAGAUGGGAAAAAAAGAAACGCAUCGACGGUGGAAAGUCACAAAUGUCCCACUAAACGAAAACGUUCCGCUAUAUUCAUACCGCCGAUACCGACUGAAAAUAACACGAAUCCAGCCACCGAAGUCAGUAUAUGUAAAUUCAAAUUCACUGGAGGAGCCAAGCCGAGUCUCCAAGAAAAAAAAAUGUUGUCGGUAGAUUCGGGGGGGAAUUUUAGAUAUUAUAGCGGUACCGGUGAUAAAUCGAUGAGGGGUUACGAAUUUUUCCCUAGGGAAACGCUACAGCAACAGAUCAACAAUACUCAAGGUUCGUCGACGGGAGCUUUUCUACAAGCUAGCGGAGAAAAAAUUUACCCGACGCCGCCCACCGAUUUCACCGGCGCCAAAACGAGCUCGGAGUUUCUGCUUAGUCCGGAAAUACCCGCGGCUACUUUCAGCCCGCCGCAAUCUUCUAGUCAGGAUCACGGUAUGAGAUUUAAGAAGAGAAAAUCCAGAAAAAGUUUACAGAGGGAAAAAUUAGAACAAACUUUCAAGGAAAAGGGUUUUUUAAUACAGACGCAACAGACGGAAAGCGCCGAAGGGGCGACUUAUUGUAAAUUUAGACAGUUGAGGAAGUUUACUAGAUACCUUUUUAGAUCUUGGAAGGAUUAUUUACCGGGGAAUUUGACGGAAGAACAACAACAACAAUUGCAACAACAACAACAACAGCAACAACAACCGAAGAAUGGCUCCGAUGAAAUUAUCGAACAUUCUAAAGAUAACGUUGACGACGUUUCGGUAAAUUCGAGUGAAUUAUCAGUCAGUAACGCGUAAAAAAAGUAUUACGAAUGGUAUAUAUUUAAAAAUUUAACCAAAGAUUGAGUGGGUGGAAAAUUUUUGUUUUAAACUGUUGUAUGUCGUUUUAACUUUUAAUUUAAUUGGAUUUUAUUGCCAAAUCGAUGAGGUAAACCUAAUCUAGUCGGUACAGAGUUGUUAUUUAGUACUACGUACUCUAAAUUUGUUUAUUUAAAUUAUAAUAAAAAUAUUUUUAUUUGAC